AGCAAAAUGUGUUCAGAUAUGAUUGUUGAAGUAAUCAACAAGGAAACAAUUACACCAUCAUCUUCUACUCUUCACCACCUUACAACUUGCAGCGGCCUCUCUGUUUUUGAUCAGUUUAUGCCAGACUUUUAUGUCCCCCUACUUCUCUUCUAUCCCAACAAUAGCACUACUGAUCAUAAGAUCAAUACAUUUGAUGACCACCACUCUAUGAUUACUGAAAGAUCCAAGCUUCUUAAAACUUCAUUAUCUGAAACCCUUAUCCGCUUCUAUCCCUUUGCCGGAAGAAUAUUUAGCCACAAUAACAUUCUUUCAAUCUGUUGCAAUGAUAAUGGAGUGGCAUUUAUCCAAACCUGUGUCAACUGUCCCAUAUCAAAGGUUUUGGAAAAACACCAUCCUCAAACACUGAAUCAAUUACUUCCUAAAGAUAUAGAAUCGACAACUGAAAGCACAGGCUAUCUCCUAUUAGUCCAAGCCAACUUCUUUGAAUGUGGUGGACUUGCAAUUGGGGUUAACAUUUCACAUAAGAUCGCGGACGGCUUCACACUCGGAACAUUCAUCCGUAACUGGGCAGCAAUGAGCCUUGGCUCUGAUAUAGCGGCUCUUCCAGCUGCAGAGUUUGGUAUUCCAGCAUCUCUUUACCCCCCACAAGAUUUAGUCGUCAACUCAUUGUCAACUUCCAUGAAACAUGAUAAUAAUGAAGCUUGUGUAACAGGGAGAUUUGUAUUUGAUGCCUCAAAUAUUGUACGACUCAAGUCUAAAGCCACUAGUGCCACCGUUCCAAAUCCAACUCGUGUUGAAGUAGUGUCAGCACUUAUUUGGAAAUGUGCAAUGGAAGCAUCAAGAUCAAACUUGGGUUUUACAAGGCCAGCCCAGCUGUUUCUAGCAGCAAACAUGCGGAAAGUAUUGGAGCAUCCUACUUUAAUGGGAAAUCUUAUAGGAGUUGUACAUACAGUAAAGACACGAGAAAGUGAUGCAACUCUUCAAAGCUUGGUUGCUCUACUACGGGAAACCAUUGAGGAAUUUAAAGUGAAAUAUUGUAAUGGAGUUAGUGGGGAUGAUAUCUGCCAACAUUUUAAUGAGCACAGAGAUUUAAUGGGUAAGGAUGAUAUAAAUAGCUAUGCAAUCACCAGUUGGUGCAGGUUUGGCUUCUAUGAAGCCAAUUUUGGAUGGGGAAAGCCAUCUUGGGCCACUAUUCCAGGUAUGCCAUUCAAGAAUGUAAUUGUAUUGAUUGACACAAAAGAUGGUGAAGGCAUGGAAGCGAUCGUGAGUUUUAAAGAAAAAGACAUGGCUGUAAUUGAAACCAAUAAGGAGCUGCUUGCAUAUGCUUCUCUUAAUCCCACUGUUAUUUGAUAUGUAACCCC